CUCCCGCGCUUAAAUAGCAGACGGCUAAGCUCGAUAUUCGUCCAGCAACAUAGCUAGUCAUCAGUAUAUACAAGUCAUUGAAAAUGCGCGCUUCUCUCGACUCCACUCUUCUUAUCCUCGCCAACGUCUUGGCAGUCAAGGCUCAGUCAUGCCCUGAUAUUCACAUCUUUGGCGCCCGUGAAACUUCAGUUGCGCCAGGCUUUGGCUCAGCUGGUCAGCUAGUUGAUAUGAUCAAGGCUGAUCACCCUGGCGCAACUUCAGAGGCAAUUGACUACCCUGCUUGCGGUGCCCAGGCUUCAUGUGGCGGCGUUCAGUAUGGUGACUCUGCGAAACAGGGUACUCAAGCUGUCACCACUGCUGUGAAUGGUCUCAAUCAGCGCUGCCCUCAGACAAAGAUUGUCCUGGUCGGUUACUCUCAGGGUGGCCAAAUCAUGGACAACAACAUCUGUGGAGGCCCUGACUCUGGGGCUGGCAUUUCUGAUUCAUCUGUUCCUCUCUCCGCUAGUGCAGUUCAACAAGUUAAGGCCGUUAUCAUGCUGGGUGACCCUCGAUUCGUGAGCGGCCUAUCUUACGGAGUCGGUACCUGCACCGCUGGCGGCUUUGAUGCACGACCUGCAGGCUUCAGCUGCCCUAACGCCGAUAAGGUCCAGAUCUACUGCGAUUCUCAGGAUCCCUUCUGCUGUAACGGAAACGACUCCAACCACCACCAACAAUACGUCAACAUCUACGGAAAAGAGGCUUUGGCAUUUGUCAACAGCAAGCUAUAACGGAGUUCUGUGCAUGAGGAGAGCAUGCCCGUGGCUGCACAUGAUGGUAAAUUGAUUUAGUGAUAUUCUUGGUAAAGACUUCUUUUAUAACAAAGGUUAAGACGAUAUGCCAGCUAUCUAAGUACAUUGCGUGUUUGAGUCUACACUCAGCUAGUUGAAUGCCACAAGUCUUAUCAUAUAUAAUUAUUAAGUUCCAAAAAGAGGAAAUAGU